AAAAUUUUCAAAUAAGUUUUAUUCAAAAAAUCAAUACCAUAAGUCGAUCAAACAGAUUCAAUAUGGCGGCAAGUUGUGAUCGCUUUAUCAAUUGUGAAUAAAUCGUAGGCCUUUCUAAACACGUAAACAUGUCGAAGAGAGGACGAGGAGGUUCCGCAGGAGCGAAGUUUAGGAUAUCAUUGGGUCUUCCAGUAGGUGCAGUAAUUAACUGUGCAGAUAAUACUGGAGCCAAAAAUCUUUAUGUUAUCGCUGUCCAAGGUAUCAAAGGACGUUUAAAUCGUCUCCCAGCUGCUGGUUCAGGAGAUAUGAUUGUUGCUACUGUUAAAAAGGGUAAACCUGAACUCCGUAAAAAAGUUAUGCCAGCAGUUGUUAUUCGACAACGAAAACCUUUCCGCAGGAAGGAUGGAGUAUUUAUUUAUUUCGAGGACAAUGCAGGUGUUAUUGUUAACAACAAAGGUGAAAUGAAAGGAUCAGCUAUUACUGGACCAGUUGCAAAAGAAUGUGCAGACUUAUGGCCGAGGAUUGCAUCCAAUGCCAGUAGUAUUGCUUAAUUAUUCUGUAUUUGUAUAAAAAUAUUGUCCUCAAUAAAAAAAACAAAAUCACAAA